GGGACGCGGAGCAUGGAGCCGCGGGCCGGCUGCCGGCUGCCCGUGCGGGUGGAGCAGGUCGUCAACGGCGCGCUGCUGGUCACCGUGAGCUGCGGCGAGCGCAGCUUCGCCGGGAUCCUGCUGGACUGCACGAAAAAGUCCGGCCUCUUCGGCCUGCCCCCGUCGGCUCCGCCGCCCCAGGCCCAGGACCCGCCUGUCAACGGCUGCCACGGGCCGGCCCCCACGGAGGGGGACACAGAGGCGAUGCAGCUGGGGACAGGCCCCCCGCCACCUCCCAGUGGGGACCAGGCCCCUGAGACCGCCAACCCCGAGCCGCCCCCGCUGCCUGCCGGAAGCCUGCCCCCGUUCCCGCCCUAUUUUGAAGGCGCCCCCUUCCCUCCCCCGCUCUGGCUGAGGAACACGUACCGGCAGUGGGUGCCGCAGCCGCCCCCCCGGGGCAUCAAGAGGACACGGAGGCGCCUGUCCCGCAACCGCGACCCUGGCCACCUGGCCCUGAGUCCCAUCCGCCUGCGGCCCCGCCAGGUGCUCUGUGAGAAGUGCAAGAGCACCCUGAGCCCCCCGGAGGCCAGCCCUGGCCCCCCGGCCACCCCCCGGCCGCGCAGGGAGCCCCGAAAGCCCGAGGACCCCGACGGUGGAGGCGACGCCACCGCCAAGAGGAGCAAGAGGGAGAGGCGGCAGGAGGCGCGGGCCCGGGUCCCCCGGAGCCCGGUCAUCAAGAUCUCCUACAGCACGCCCCAGGGCACCGGCGAGGUGGUGGAGAUCCCCUCCCGCGUGCACGGCUCACUGGAGCCCUUCUGCCCCCCGCAGGCCCCGCCCGGAGGCCCGGACCCCGAGGUGCCCAGGGACAGGCCACCUGCCGGGGCCCCUGCCUCCAUCCCCAAGCUGAAGCUGACACGGCCCCUGCCCCCCAGCGCUGCCCCGCCGCCCCCCAAGAUCCGCCUGAAGCCCCACCGCCCGGGGGCUGGCGAGCAGGAGCCCGUCUACAGGGCUGAGCUGGUGGAGGAGCUCAAGGGCUGUGGUCGCGGCCCCCGGGCCGGCUCGCCCGCGCCCCUGGCUGACAGCUCUGCCCGCUCCGGGCUGGCGGACUCGUCUUCUGGAAGUUCCGGCGAGGACGACGACUGCAAGGGGUGUCCCCGAGGUGAACACGGGCGUGACGGCCUGGCUUUUCUCGCCGCCUGCCCCCAGAGAACUGGCUGUGCCAGCGUGUCGGUGUGGAGCAGCGACAGCCUGGACGAGUCCAAAUCGUCCAGCUCAGAAGUGACGUCACCAGACAUGUGUGACCUCUCGUCCGGCGACGGUGCGUCUGUGCCGGCCUCGUCCAAGGAUGCGCGGCCGACGGUCCCACCCCUGACGGUCAGGCUGCACACGCAGAGCGUCUCCAAGUGCGUUACCGAGGACGGAAGGACCGUGGCCGUAGGGGAUAUCGUGUGGGGUAAGGUUCAUGGUUUUCCUUGGUGGCCAGCACGUGUCCUGGACAUCAGUCUUAGUCAGAAGGAGGACGGGGAGCCCUCCUGGCAAGAAGCGAAAGUCUCAUGGUUUGGUUCUCCAACUACAUCGUUCUUGUCUAUUUCAAAACUCUCCCCUUUCUCUGAAUUUUUCAAACUGAGAUUUAACCGUAAGAAGAAGGGGAUGUAUCGGAAAGCUAUAACAGAGGCUGCCAAUGCCGCCCAACACGUGGCCCCGGAAAUAAGGGAGCUCUUAACCCAGUUUGAAACGUAACUCGGGUUCCGACCAGGUCACAGACAAUGAGGGCAUGGCUAUUCCCCUGCAGCUCCUGACUUCAGGGGUGUCCUCCGCACCCCCGCUCCGUCCCAGGACCCUGCAAGCCUUCUGGCCGGCUACGCGCAGAGACCCGGCCCGCGGGGUCAGCCUGGUUCGAGGCCUCCGGGGGCAGCAGGUGCGUCUGGCCACGAGGACAGACCCCCGGAGCACUGCGACUCCUCUUGGCCAAAUGUAUUUAUUCCCCCGACGCAGACUUUAGCUUUUCUGGUUUGUGAAGAGCCAGAGCCCAGCAGCAAGGGUGGCCUCCGGGGUCAGGGCGCCCAGGGGAGCAGGGCCGCGUCACCUCCCUGCUGGCUUCGGAACAACCCAGCCCCGGGCGCACGGGGUCUCUGUGCGCUUGACAACCGGCCGCCUCCCCAUCCCCGUCCCCCUCCGUGUUCGUCCAGAGCGUGGGUCUCGCUGGGCUCCCCGCACCAGCCCCAGGGCUGCCCUGUCCCCCCCGUCCCGUGUGGGGGUGAUGCAGUCAGACUUCAACGUGAGAAGGAUAAAAACCUCGCCUGUUCUUUGUAAGAGGGCAUUCCGUACCCCUUUGUGUCACUCUGAAGACCAAAAAGCAAAAAGAAAGGGCGAGGACUCAUGACAGGAACCGGGGUCAGGAAGCCCUUCAGUCCAUCUCGUCUCCCCAGGCCAGAGGCACCUGGUCAUUCCAGAGCCAGAUUGACAGAGACACCGCUCUCAUCCCAUCAGACCACCCAUCACAGGGUGCGAUUCAGCGGGUUUUAGGGCGUUCACAGAUUGUACAGCCGUCACCACAGUCUGUUCCAGAGCCUUCCGUCACUGCCUUCAGCCAUUGCCUGAGCCUGGCCCAGCCCCCGAGACCUCACGUCCGAGUCUCGUCCCCGGGGAGUCGCCCAGCUUGGACGUUCACACAAGCGGGUCUCGUGGUGCGUGGACUCGGCGCCCGGCUUCCCCCCCCAGAGCUCAGUGUUUGCAGCGCCCACACUGCCGCCUGCGUCAGGGCUCCCCUCCGUCGUGGGGAAUAGCGUUCCCUGGCUCGGAUGAGCCAAGUUUUGUUUGCCCCCUUUUCUGUCGGUGGACACUUGGGUUAUCUGCCUUGUGGCUGCUGUGAAUACUCCGUGCAGUCUCGGGUGACAUGUUUUCAUCUCACCUGGGUACAUGGGGUCCUUACCUCCUGGGAUUCACUGUCUCAGGUGACUUGCUGGGACCCUGCUCCCUGGUUUUGUCUGAGACGCAGGCUCCUGGCCUGUGGCCCAGCUGCCUCCCCGGCCUCCCCCCACGCCCAGGGUUCCGUGCUCCACCCCACCCGAGUGGCUGCAGAGAGGGCAGUCAUAGGGUGGGCUCCAGAGAGGAGGGGCACAGGCCUGACUGGUCCUCCGUCACCCGGCUCCUGGCACGCUGUCCAGAGACGCCUUCCCAUUGUCUGCCUUGCUGCAGAUGUGCCAGUCCUUCCGGACGGUCCCCAACCAGCAGCUGCCCUGUGCUGAGUAGGGGCCUCCCGGCCAUCACAGAUCGUCCCACUGGUGCUCGGGAGGAGAGUGGCAAGGCAGUGAGGUCCCCUCCCGCAGCCAGUCCCAGGCCCCCCUGGCCUGGCGUUUGGCGACGGGGCCCCGGAGGUGCCUGGGCCUAGUAGGGAUGACCCUACCUACCGGCGCAGGCUGGGUCCACCCCACAGGCAUCGCCUUCCCUUGAUUGGCUUUUUGUUGCACCUGCUGUGGAGCCCUACAUCAAGGACACAGGACAAAAACUCUGGAAUUAACCAAGCCCCCAUAGCAACUGUUGCCAUGGGCUCUCCUAACCUAAACCGGACAACCCCCCACUCCAUAUUAGGUAAAAUAAUCACCAUGUAGUAACCUUGUAGUAUCUUGACCAAUCACCUAAUGCCAUCCUGCCAAAAGGAAUUUUCUUUGUCUUGAGGCCAUAAAAGUUGGCCACUAGCCCACAAAGGGGGCCGGCUCUCCCUGGUCCAUCAGGAAGCCGGCUCUCCCUGGUCCAUCAGGAAGUCGGCUCUCCCUGGUCCAUCAGGAAGUCGGCUCUCCCUGGUCCAUCAGGAAGUCGCCCGCUGGAUUCGCAGCGCCCUCACUAACUCUGCUC